UUGUUAUAAAUAAUCGUUACUCACUUACACAUGUGAUCAAAUCAAAUUCAUUUGAUGCAUCAUGGUAUCAUCAUCAUCAUCGAUUGUGACGAAUUUUGAUUCAUUAAAAAAAUAUUUCGAUAUUCAUAAUCGUACAAAAGAUGUACAGGCACAUGUAUCAAAAGUACAUUCAGUCGAUUGGAAUGCUGAUGGUCGUCAUUUAGCAUCGGGUAGUUUUGAUCGUACUGUUACAUUGUUUUCAUUUUCCAAUGAUAAAUUAACCAAAGAUCAUACGCUUAAAGGACAUACUGAUUCGGUUGAUCAAUUAUGUUGGCAUCCGAUUAACAAUGAAAUAUUGGCUACAGCUUCAUUGGAUAAAACUGUACGUUUAUGGGAUGCACGUAUGGCCAAAUGUAUUGCAACAAUAGAUACACCGGGUGAAAAUUUGAAUAUAAGUUGGUCACCAAAUGGUCAUACAAUUGCUGUUGGUAACAAAGAAGAUAUUGUUACAUUUAUUGAUGUUCGUUCAUUCAAAAUUCGUACACAAAAAGAAUUUAAAUUCGAAGUUAAUGAAAUUACAUGGAAUCGUGAAAAUGAUCUAUUUUUUCUUACUUCAGGACAAGGUUUUGUUUAUAUUUUAAGCUAUCCAAAUCUUGAACAAUUAUAUGUUCUUACUGCUCAUUUGGCUACUUGUUUAUGUAUUGAAUUUGAUCCAACGGGUAAAUAUUUUGCUGUUGGUUCAGCCGAUGCAUUAGUUUCAUUAUGGGAUUCGAAAAAUUUAGCAUGUUUACGUACUGUAUCACGGCUAGAAUGGCCAUGUCGUGCUAUUAGUUUUAGUCAUGAUGGACAAUUACUUGCAUCAGCAUCUGAAGAUAUGUUUAUUGAUAUAUGUUCAGUGAAUACUGGUGAACGUAUUGCAGCUAUACCAACUGAAUCACCAACAUUUACAAUUGCAUUUCAUCCACACAGAUAUCUUCUGGCAUAUGCAUGUGAUGAUAAAGAUGGACAUCAACGUGAUGCUGGUACAGUAAAAUUAUUUGGUUUUAAACAAUCCGAUUAAAAUUGUAAAUUCAAAC